AUGCACUCUGCUGCAGCACAAUGAUUGACAGCACAGCAGCCAAUCAGAAUCCAGAUUAGGUAUUUGGGGGCGUGAGUUCCUCAGAGAGCAAGGUUUUGAGCGAGCGUGUCCCAAGCAGAUGGAGGUGCUUUUGGAAAGAGAUGAGCCAAUAGUGAUGAGCACGAGGAGCAAAAGAAUUUAAGGAACCUCUGAUUCUUCUUCAGGUCUACCUCAGCAUUUGGAGCGCAUCGUUUCUGCUUCUUUGUGUGGAGAAAGUCUUUCAGGACAAUAAUUUUCUCCCAAAACUAUCUUAGUGAUCGGAAACAUGGGGGCUGGUUACACCUAUUACCGGUCUGUCAUCUUUACCUCAAUGUUUUUGGGGUACUUUCUGUACUAUUUUAACCGGAAGACGUUCUCCUUUUUGAUGCCGUCAGUUAUGGAGGACAUUAAACUAGAUAAGGAGGAACUUGGUCUGAUCACAAGCAGUCAGACUCUGGCGUACGCCAUCAGUAAAUUCAUCAGCGGAGUGUUGUCGGAUCAGAUCAGUGCACGCUGGCUCUUCUCCUCUGGCCUUCUCAUCGUUGGGGCCAUCAAUGUCCUCUUCUCUCAGUCUUCCUCCCUCACAGCAUUCACCUUGCUCUGGUUUAUGAAUGGCAUUGGCCAGGGUUUUGGCUGGCCACCGUGCGGCAAAGUGCUGCGGAAAUGGUUCGAACCGUCCCAGUUUGGCACAUGGUGGGCCGUUCUGUGCUGCAGCAUGAACCUGGCUGGGAGUUUGGGUCCGCUCAUCACCACGCUCCUGGCUAUGUACUACAGCUGGAGAAGCAUCAUCUGCUUCUCCGGCAUAUUUUGCAUGGCCUUUUCAUUCAUCUGCCUGUUGAUGGUAAAGAACGAGCCAAAAGACGUCGGCCUGCCCAGCAUCCAGCCUGGGACCAAGAAAGGCAAAGGCAAAAAACAAUCCCCAAAUGAUGAGAGCACUUUAAAAGAGUUCCUUCUCUCUCCAUACCUGUGGGUUCUGUCCUUCGGUUACCUGGUGGUGUUUGGAGUGAAGAUUGCGUGCACCGACUGGGGGCAGCUGUUUCUUAUGCAGGAGAAAGGCCAGUCGGCCAUGAUGGGCAGUUCGUACAUGAGUGCCUUAGAGGUUGGUGGUUUUGCUGGUAGCAUCGCAGCAGGCUUCAUCUCUGACAGAGCUGUUGCACGGCAAGGACUGGGUACGCAUGGCAACCCUCGGCAUACACUCCUCUUAACCAUGAUGGCGGGCAUGGUCGUGUCCAUGUAUCUCUUCCGGGUCACCAUCACUCCUGAUGUAACAGAAGAAGCUCCAUUCUGGGUUAUCAUUCUUCAUCCAGUCUCUAUCCUCACAGGGUUGUCUGAGAAAGAGCUCUGGAUAUUAACCCUGGGUGCUGCUUUUGGUUUCUCAUCGUAUGGGCCGAUUGCUCUGUUUGGGGUGAUUGCUAGUGAGAGCGCACCCUCGAACUUCUGCGGGACAUCACACGCCAUUGUAGCGCUUAUGGCAAACGUUGGUGCGUUUCUUGCCGGCUUGCCAUUCAGCACCAUUGCCAAGCGCUACAGCUGGGAAACAGCCUUCUGGGUAGCGGAGGUGACCUGCGCCCUGACCACUGUGUGGUUCUUCACACUGCGCAACAUGCGUACAAAAAUGGGACGCGUAAACGAAAAGAAUGACUGAUCAGCACACACACUGAACACUUCUCAAACUCUGUGAAUUUAAAACUACUGAGCCAUAUAAGCAAAUAAAUAUAAUUUCUGUUCAGAAACACACUCUACAUUUAAUAUAUUUGUAAGUUUCUCUGAGUAAGGUGGUUAGAGAUACUAGCAACUGGAACGUUGAGGAUUCACAGCCCGAGAGCCACAUCUGAGACGUGUAAUUGUGAGUGGCAAACCUUUCUACUCUGUAGAUUGGAUUUUGCUGUACUAUGGAAAUAAGGGUAUGCUGAAUAAAUAAUACACUGAAUUACUUUACUGUA